AAAUUGCUUCACGCAUUGGGGACCUGGGAAAUUGGCGGAAUUCUAGUACUGCUUUCAGGAAACCUAGCCAAAAAUAAAACAACCCCCCCUCCCUCCGGUCACUAUGGUAAUCCCUGGUAAAACUCUCUUCUCUCACCGAAUCAAUACGGAGCGAGAAAAUGAGUUUUGUGUUGUCAUUUUUCACUUUACCUGACUGGUAGUCGGAUGUGUUUACUGGUUAUGUCUGAACUGAACAAAUGAGACAUUUUUGAAUAUGCAAUAAAAAAGAAAUAGACUAUCUACGUUUUAGAAAGCACUUUAUUCUUCAAAAGAAUGGAAUUAAAGGUGCCAACAAUAGCUUCAACGAGAACAUUAACGGACGAAGACAACAGACUAUUCGAACGUGCUAUUUGCCUCAUUAAGCCUAACGCCACCUCUAAAUCAGAAGCUAUAAUAUCUAUCGUCAAAAACUCUGGUCUCAUGCUUCUAAAAAAACGCCGAAUGCAUUUAAAGCCAGAACAAGUUAGAGAUUUUUAUUUUAGAUCCUUAGACGAAGAGAUGAACAAGUAUUACAGAGUGUAUGAAGAAUUGAUAGCAUCCGAAGGAGGGAAACAGAAACUUCCAGACAUCAGAGCUGUAAGCGUACAAAAUACAGUUGAGAGCUCGAAGCUAGAGGAAUACGUUGCUUUCAUGACAAGUGGGCCAAUCGAAGUGUAUAUCGUGGCAGGAAGAGGCACCAUUUCGAGAUUGCAGCGUUUGAUUGGCCCAGAAGAUCCGAAAUUAGCGAGAAUAACAAAUCCAAAUAGCAUCAGGGCAAGAUUUGGCGGCGAGUCCAUCUUAAGAAACGCUGUGUAUGGGAGCACAGACAGCGAUCAAGCUGAACAAGAAAUAAAUUACUUCUUUCCCAGUGAAAAAAACAUUAAACAAAAAAAUACCAAUGAGGGGGCAUCUAGUGAUUAUUUGUCUCAAACUGUCAACCCUACUUUGCUGAAAGGGCUCAUGCAACUUUGUCGUCAGAAACCAGACAAUCCUUUGGUCUGGCUGGCAGACUGGCUUUUAGCCAAUAAUCCAAAUUCUACUAAAACGUGAAUGGAAGUCACAUCAAACUGAUUAAAUUAGACCUAACAUUCUAACUGCCAAUCUUACUGUGCUGAAGGAUUAAUAUAGUUUUGUCAGAAAAUAUAAAAUUCCUUGAUUUGUAGACAGGUUUAUCAAGCAUGUCAACUACUACAUUUUUUGCAAAAUAUUUUAUAGAGUGGUGGACAAAUAAACACUAAAGCUUUCAGAA